UCGAUUCAGGACUGGGAAUCGAUUCAAUACAUUCGCCACUCCGGCGCGAGGCUUGUUCACAAUGGCCGACCAAGGAACGCCUGUGCCGUCGACCAAUCGGAAGAGGCGACGUGGCAAGGAGCCGGAGCCUGCGCCUCCCAUGGCCAGUCCCAACAGCAGCAGCAGCAGCAGCCAUUUCUCACGGAGCCUACCCGCGUGCGGGGUGGAGCGACUGGGAUUUCGUUUUUUCAACCAGCCUUGCGAGCAGCUCGCAAGGGCGAUGCUGGGGCAGAUCCUGGUUCGCCGCGUGCCCGGAGUGGAGGGGGCCCUGCGGGGGCGCGUGGUAGAGAGCGAGGCGUACCCGGGGGGUCUGGACGAAGCGUCGCACUCGCGCCACGGCCGCCGCACGCCCAGGAACGUGGCGAUGUUCAUGCCCCCCGGCACGCUCUACGUGUACCGCAUCUACGGGCUGCACUGCUGCCUCAACGUCUCGAGCCGCGGAGAGGGCUCAGCCGUUCUUCUCCGUGCUCUGCAGCCACUGGAGGGAGUAGCGACCAUGCGUUUGCUCCGCCAGAAGCCGCAACAGGCCAACACUAAUGUGGCCGUGGCCAUGUUGCCAGAUAGAAAGCUCUGCAAUGGCCCCGGCAAGCUGUGCCAAGCCCUGUCCAUCAGCUGUGCCCUCGACCGCACGGACGCCGCCUCGGAGGACUCGGAGCUGUGGUUCGAGAGGGGUGAGGGCGACGUGGGGGAGGAAUCGACGGUGGCGGCGAGGAGAGUGGGGAUCACCUCGGCCGGAGAGUGGGCCGAGAGACCGUGGCGGUUUUACAUCCGUGGCAAUGAAUGUGUGAGCGUGGUCGACAAGACAGCUGAGCAGUUGGCACUGAGGGUGACCCAAAAACAGGAUACCGGAGAUCAGGGUUAGGGGAGAGAUUUGUUUUGAGACUCAGCUCCAGGAGACCGGGUCUCAGGGUCUUGAGACUCGGCUCCAGGACACCAGGCAUCAGGAUCUUGAAACUCGGCUCCAGGAGACCGGGUCUCAGGGUCUUGAGACGUGGCACCAGGAGACCAGGUCUCAAGGUCUUGAGUCUCGGCUCCAGGAGACUGGGUCUCAGCGUCUUGAAACUCGGCUCCAGGAGACCGGGUCUCAGGGUCUUGAGACUCGGCACCAGGAGACCGGGUCUCAGGGUCUUGAGACUCGGCUCCAGGAGACCGGGUCUCAGGGUCUUGAGACUUGGCACCAGGAGACCGGGUCUCAGCGUCUUGAAACUCGGCUCCAGGAGACCGGGUCUCAGGGUCUUGAGACUUGGCACCAGGAGACCGGGUCUAAGGGUCUUGAGACUCGGCUCCAGGAGACCGGGUCUCAGGGUCUUGAGACGUGGCACCAGGAGACCGGGUCUCAGGGUCUUGAGACUUGGCACCAGGAGACCGGGUCUAAGGGUCUUGAGACUCGGCUCCAGGAGACCGGGUCUCAGCGUCUUGAAACUCGGCUCCAGGAGACCGGGUCUCAGGGUCUUGAGACUUGGCUCCGGGGUUUAAUGCAAUCAUACUCCAGCAUAUACUUUAUUGAACUUAAAUGCUGUUUUAU